UCAGUUUACGCUAGACUAAUCUUAAGCCCCCAGAACCCUUGUCCAAGAGUCACAGGGGGAGUUAAAUCACGAGUAACUUAAGCAGCCUCCCAAUCAGUCCUUGUCAUUGACUCUGAACACAAGAGAUCAAUCUCGAAUCUAGGGAGUCUUUUCCUUGCUUUAACCCCAAUGUGAUGUCCCCUCUGAGUCCUAUAAAGCUGCCAUAUUUUUUUGUUCCUUGUUGAGUCCUCCAAGAUAUCACCAGCUGUUUCUGGUCAAGCCAACUUUACCUUUCCUUACAUAAUUGAUUCUUGUAAAUAGUAACAAUCAAAUCUUGGUCCUCAGGGAUCACUGUGAAUUUGGUUUUGCCUUUUGAAGGUGAUCAACUUUUGGGGUGUUUCUGCAAAAAUGGGCACUGAGGAUAAUGGUGAAAUGGGACUCCACUUGUUUCAAUGUGGCUCUGAUUGGGAUCCUCUUGUGUCAAUGGAUCAAAGUUUACAUUACCCAGUUUUGCUUGAUGAUGAUCAGCCAAUAAACAGAAAUUCCCACCUUCUUCACUAUCCAUCAAAUUCAUAUCUGGCUGAUAUGCUGCCAAAGAUUACAGCUUUUGAGAAUGAAGGUUUCUCAGAGAUGAUCAGUUCUUUCGGCGCCUCAGAUUUUCAUCCAAAUUAUGUGGCUGCCAUUCAAAAUUCUCAAGAGGAUUGCUGGAAUUUGGAAGAGGUGAGAAAGAGGAAAUCAUCAGAGCCUCAUUCUCCAUCCCAUAAGAAUGUUGAAGGGGGACUGCUAAAGAACACAGCACUAGAUAAUUCAGAAUGUUUGAAACAAGAAGACGAAAAGAAACAAAAACCAGAAAAUAACCCCAGUUUGAUGGCCAAGUUAGCAGGGAAACAAGUAAAGAAUGAUGGCUCCAGCAAUGGGAAACCUCAUAACGAAAAUUAUGUUCAUGUGAGAGCUAAAAGAGGCCAGGCUACAAACAGUCACAGCCUUGCAGAAAGGGUGAGAAGAGAAAGGAUCAGUGAGAGGAUGAGAUUGCUUCAAGAACUUGUCCCGGGCUGCAACAAGAUCACUGGGAAAGCUGUGAUGCUUGAUGAAAUUAUUAACUAUGUAAAGUCACUCCAACAACAAGUCGAGUUUCUGUCGAUGAAAUUGGCAACUGUGAAUCCAGAGAUUAACCUUGAGAUUCAACAAGCAAUGACCAAAGAGAUUUUUGCCACACAAGGUAGUAAUGUGCCCCGUCGUGAAUUCAUCCAUGGCAUUAGCUCCUCCCAAACAUUCCCCGGAUUUCUACAGGGAGAUUUCGCUAACAUCCCAAAUACCAUCCCGCCAAUUUGCCCCUCGCCUCAGAACGUAUCGAGCAUCGAUCUUCACAGUAUUCUCCCGACGACAUUAGAUUCUAGCUCCUCUAUGAGUAUAAUGGAUCCAAACACAGGGAAGUAAAAACUGGAGCGAGCGGCGUUAAGUUCUUCAUUCCUCCAUUAAUGCUUUCCCUCAAACAAAGAUUCAGACACAGCUUGACUGCAGAAUCUGUUUCAGACAAGAAAAGUAGCAACUACAGAUAAAUGUUCAGAGUUGUAUAGGUCUGUUUAGCUCCUUAAUCUUUUGUUCUUCGCAUUUUAGCAGAAGAAUAACGUUUAAUGUUUAACAUGGUCAUGCGUACAUAUAAUGUCUAGUGUUGAAACCAAAACUGCAUGAUCCAAGGUUUCUGUUAAGAACAGAUGCAUGUUUCGUUUCACCUUUGAGUUUUUGACUAAUUUAAUGCCAAAUUACAUUAUUUUUUUUGGAGUGACGAGAAAA